UGCGCAUGCGCUGUAAUGUCAGCUGCCGUGUGGAGACGUGAACAUCGGGAAAGCGUCAAUAAACUUUAUUGGUACCCAAAACAAGGAGGGGAAGUGUGCAGAUUGCGGGAGUGAGGGCGCUGUUAUGGCGGAGCCGGCGUCUCAGGCCUCCAUGCAACCCCGGCUACAGCAGGCUCAGUCUGGUGGGACGUCUGGGUCGAAUUCGACCACGGGGUCCGCGUCCGGGAAUAAUGACCCAGCCAGGCCGGGUCUAAGUCAGCAACAGUGGGCAAGUCAAAAGAAAGCUCAAGUCCGGGCUUUUCCGAGAGCGAAAAAACUUGAAAAACUGGGAGUUUUCUCAGCUUGCAAGGCAAACGAUGCUUGCAAGUGCAAUGGAUGGAAGAAUCCUCAUCCUCCAACCGCAUCUCGGAUGGACGUUCAGCAGCAGGCAGCAAGCCUCACGGAGCCAUGUCGCAGCUGCAGCCACGCCCUGGCCGACCACGUGUCUCACCUGGAGAACGUCUCUGAGGAGGAGAUGAACCGCCUGCUGGGGAUGGUGGUUGAUGUGGAGAACCUCUUCAUGUCUGUGCACAAGGAAGAAGAUACAGACACCAAGCAGGUGUACUUUUACCUUUUUAAGCUCUUGAGGAAGUGCAUCCUUCAAAUGGGGAAGCCCAUCGUGGAGGGCUCCCUGGGAAGCCCCCCCUUUGAGAAACCUAAUAUUGAGCAGGGAGUGUUGAACUUUGUGCAGUACAAGUUUAGUCAUCUACCCCCCAAGGAGCGCCAGACCAUGUUUGAGCUGAGUAAGAUGUUUCUGCUCUGCUUAAACUACUGGAAGUUGGAAACCCCGUCCCAGUUCCGGCAGCGAGCCCAGAAAGAUGACGGCUCUGCGUAUAAAGUGGACUACACCAGGUGGCUGUGUUACUGUCACGUCCCUCAGAGUAACGACAGCCUACCGCGGUACGAAACUACUCAGGUGUUCGGCCGCAGCCUGCUGAAGUCGAUCUUCACGGUCACCCGGCGGCAGCUGUUGGAGAAGUUCCGCAUGGAGAAGGACAAGCUGCCCCCUGAGAAGCGCACCCUCAUCCUCACCCACUUCCCCAAGUUCUUGUCCAUGCUUGAGGAGGAGAUCUACGGCGAGAAGUCUCCUAUCUGGGACGCUGAUUUCACCAUGCCGGCACCUGAGGGGGCACAGCUGGGACAUCAGACAGUGUUGAGUCCUGGGGCUGUCUCAGGAUCUCCAUCUUUUACCAAGAACCUGAGCAGUGGUGUCUCUUCUCUUGGGAGCAUGGGGCUUGACUCUGCUGUGUCUGAACCAAUAACAGGAGAGAAGCGUAAGCUUCCUGAGGCGCUGACCCUUGAGGAUGCCAAGCGUAUCCGGGUCAUGGGAGACAUCCCCAUGGAGCUGGUCAACGAGGUCAUGAUGACCAUCACUGACCCUGCUGCUAUGCUCGGGCCAGAGACCAGUCUGCUGUCGGCCAACGCGGCGCGGGACGAGACAGCCCGUCUGGAAGAGCGCCGUGGCAUCAUCGAGUUCCACGUCAUUGGCAACUCACUGUCGCAUAAGUCCAGCAAGAAGAUCCUCAUGUGGCUAGUGGGCCUGCAGAACGUCUUCUCCCACCAGCUGCCCCGCAUGCCCAAAGAGUACAUCACACGGCUUGUGUUCGACCCGAAGCACAAGACCCUAGCCCUGAUCAAAGAUGGACGCGUGAUCGGAGGGAUCUGUUUUCGAAUGUUCCCCACUCAGGGAUUCACAGAGAUUGUCUUUUGUGCGGUCACUUCAAACGAGCAGGUCAAGGGCUAUGGAACUCACCUAAUGAACCAUCUGAAAGAGUACCACAUCAAGCACGGCAUCUUGUACUUCCUCACAUAUGCAGAUGAGUACGCCAUCGGCUACUUCAAGAAACAGGGUUUUUCCAAAGACAUCAAAGUGCCCAAGAGCCGUUACCUUGGUUACAUCAAGGACUACGAGGGCGCCACCCUCAUGGAGUGUGAGCUGAACCCCAGAAUCCCCUACACCGAGCUGUCGCACAUCAUCAAGAGGCAGAAAGAGAUCAUUAAGAAGCUGAUUGAGAGGAAGCAGAGCCAGAUUAGAAAGGUGUACCCAGGACUGACCUGCUUCAAGGAGGGGGUGCGGCAGAUCCCUGUGGAAAGCAUCCCUGGCAUCAGAGAGACGGGUUGGAAGCCUGCAAAAGAAAAAGGAAAGGAGCUGAAAGACCCAGACCUGCUUUACAACAUGCUGAAGAAUCUCCUGGCCCAGAUCAAGACCCAUCCUGAUGCUUGGCCCUUCAUGGAACCAGUAAAGAAGUCCGAGGCUCCUGAUUAUUAUGAGAUCAUCCGGUUUCCCAUUGACCUGAAGACCAUGACGGAGCGGCUGAAGAACCGCUACUACGUGACCAAGAAGCUCUUCAUUGCCGACCUGCAGCGCGUCAUAACCAACUGCCGCGAAUACAACCCUCCCGACAGCGAGUACUGCAAAUGUGCCAACACCCUGGAGAAGUUCUUCUACUUCAAGCUCAAGGAGGGUGGCCUCAUCGACAAGUGAGGAGAAGGAGCCCUGGGUUGGGGCUGGGCUGGGCUGGGCUGGGCUGGGCUGGGCUGGGCUGGGCUGGGCUGGGCUGGGCAUUAGAUUAGGCAGGCGAGGGUGGGAUCAGCGGUCAUCAGUCGCUAAAGAGGGACCACUGAGCUGCAGCAGAGGAGUACUGUUUAUGACCACAACACCACUUCAGCCACACUUCGGCAGACACAGCAGUGCUGACACACACACACACACACACACACACACACACACAUAGAUCUUUGUCAACUCAAUGAUGGAAUGCACACACACUCUCUCUCUCUCUCUCUCUCUCUCUCUCUCAGUGACUCUCCGUCACACACACACACACAGUGAGACACACAGGCUCUAGGAAGUUGAUCUAAUUGUGUUUACAUUUGUCUAUUUAAACAGAUGUAUCUUUGGGCAUAUAUCCAUACGUGUGCAUACAUGUUAAGAUGUGUGCACACAGACACAAGUGUAGAAUAAAUAGUCAGUGUAAAAGACUGUGAAUCCCAUAUGAAUCUAAAUGGCCAGGGUAUUGCCUGUGUGUGUUCCAUCUGUUUCCUCUUAUGUCACUUCGUAUAGUGAAUCGUUUGGUUUUUUUGGUCUUGUUUGUUUUUUACUGUUUUGGACUCCUGAUGCCAGGCUACCAGUGCUGGACUUGAGGAAAAGGACAGUCACCAUCUCCCUGUACAUCAUUUUGUUACUACUUUACCAUUCUUGUCUGUCUGUCACUCACACACACACAUACAUACGAGUACAAACAUGUUUACUGUCUUCUACAGUUUUCACAAAUAACAACAAUACACACCACACACUGGUUGUUAGAUUAUCAGGUCAUCUUGUCUUUUAUGAAGCUGUCAUUGUCAGAAGCAUCAUCUGUGUCCUACACAAACUGAAAGGGGUUUAUACUGAGGAGUUUAACUCAUUAAGACUCCUUAAGGCUGUUGAGUAUUUAGAGGUUGUCACUUGAACACUGGACUUUGGAAAGGAGUAUCACUUUAAUAGGACAGAGAAAAAGAAAAGGUAAAUGGUCUGUUACACAGAAUUGGAUGUUUUUCCCCCCUCUGUAUGAGGAAUUCCAGGCCUUCUGUCGUAACAUCCUAACGAAAUGUUAUCCCAUGAAAGGAUGUGUGUUGUCCUGCAAGAAUAGACAGGUGUUCCACUCAGUAACAGAAUUGUUACUCAGAAAGCAAGACCAAGAGUGCACACAUUUUUUCAUAUGUAGCUCCCAAGAAAUAUAAUUUGCUUCUUUUGACCUCCCCUUUGAAUUGCAUUUCAGACCUAGUUGUUGUAACCGUGUGAAAAGAUUAUCAUGAAAGUGAAAGGACAUUUAGUUAGUCUUGUUUUCCCUCUGGCACUUUUGGUUUUCUUUCCAGUUCACAAGCAUUCUGUUUGCUCAGUAGUGCUGCUAGCAUAUGCUACAGCUAUCAGUCAGGAUGCUGAGUAGUGCUGCUAGCAUAUGCUACAGCUAUCAGUCAGGAUGCUCAGUUGUGCUGCUAGCAUAUGCUACAGCUAUCAGUCAGGAUGCUGGCAUUUAGGUGUUGUGCUCUUCUCUUGCUAUGAGAGUCAGGUUGCACUGGAGUGGUGGUAGAUAACGUAAAAUGGAGUUUGUUAUUUUUCAAUAGUUUCACCAUGUCUCUUCAUCACGUUGGCUUUUCUUACUAUAUACGGACCAUUUAAUUAUUACAAGUCAAGCACUUGUUCAUUCAAACGUAGUUCAUUCCAUUUCAUUAUUGGUGUGGUUAUAGUUAUCCGUCACAAUCAGAUACUGUAGUUGGCAGAGCACAGACGAUGGUUAAACCAAACGCAUGACUCUAAUAAUGCCCACCGCCUCUCAAAGGAAGGUGUUCCACUCACUCUUCAGUCUGUGCCUUGUUUAAAAGCCUUCUUCCCACUGCUAUUUUAUAGUCAAUGAAUACUUGUCAAUAUUAAGAUUCGUGAUUCUGCCCAACUACUAUGUAUCGAUUUCGUUUUGUUUCACUUCUGAACGUGUACUUGAAUCAUGGCAAGCUUUGAGGAGCUGUUCGGUGGGGUUUUCAGACCUUAACGUUAUUUUGUCAGUUCUCCUCAUGGUCUCCUUAAAGUAUGCUGCAUUUCUACUCUCAAAACAUGGUUUAACCUUCUCAUUGAUGAAAAACAAAUUAGGAAAAGAAAAAUUCCUUUUCCUCAGUUACAUUUGAAAGAUGCCUGUGAAUUGCUACAGCUUGAUGUACUGUACCUCUGUUCAUUCAAAUAAAAUGUUUUAUAUUAAA